CCACCUGCAGCGGCGUGACAGGUGUGGUUCUGCCUGAAGACUCCACUCCGGCUCCUGAAUCUGGUAAAGCUCCUCGUAUGGCCCCGCCCUUUCGCUCAGAGGAUAAGGCGGAGUCCAGUCCAGAUGAGCCCAAAGCUGCUGUUAUAGAACCAGAACCAGCUCCGACCAAAGAAGUCUCAGCCGACGACUACGCCGAGCGCUGCAAGGCGGAGCUACAGGUGGGUCCGUGCCGGGCGGCGUUUCAGCGCUGGUACUUCAACAGUUUGACCGGCCGCUGCCAGAGGUUCAUCUACGGAGGCUGCAAAGGAAACAAGAACAACUACGAGAAUGAGGAGAGCUGCAGGAGCAUGUGUACAGGCGUCACCGUGCUUCCAUCGUCCAAGAAAAUUCCACAACAAAUAGACGAUGAGGCUUCAGACUAUGAAGAAAACUGCAUGGUGACCUCUGACCCGGCCCCUGCCGUGCCGCCUUCCCAGCGUUCUACUACGACCACAAAACCUCCACCUGCAGGUCCUUCACCUACGGCGGUUGUCGUGGCAACAAAAACCGCUACAACACCAUGGAGGAGUGUACGAACCGCUGCAGCCAAGGUGCCGGCGAUACUCACGCUCUGACUCGUAACCGUUGGACAGCAGCCUUCUUCCUCUUCUUCACGAUGGCCGCCAUCUCCGUCCUCCUGCUGGCGACGCUCAUCAUCAUCACCCUGAAACGCCGCCGGCUGACCCGCCGCUCGUCCUCCGUCAAGUACAG